GCAUUCCGCGAUGCCCUGAAUAACAGCUGUUUUUAUUUGGGUUUUGUAUGUUUAAUUAUUUGUUCUUGUGUUAUUUGUAUAUGAAAUUCUUGUGAUUAAAUGUUUUGACUGUUUUCAAGGGGUAAAAAAUGAAUCCUAUUCGAGGUAGUUUAGCCAGUAUACCCGGAGCAUUGACUACGUUCAUCAGCGAAAGUGCUUCCAGUUUGUUGCAGCAGAAUAGUGUUAAUAAUAGUGCCACUGGUGCUCAUGACGACGAUGUUAGCUCUACUGCGUCGCAAAGUGAUAGAUCCUAUCCAAUACCAGCAUCUUUAGUAAAAGAACAAUGGCGUUUAAUCUUUACUUCUGACGCCAACGCACAAGAUUUGGAAGCAGCUAUUGCCCAUUGUCGGGAUUUGGUCAUGCUUUCCGAUGAAUGCAGUGAAGAAAGACGUUGGCUGGUCCGCCAUUUAGUUGAUUUGCGUUAUUCACUGAAAGAGUUAGAGUCGGCACAAGCGGAUCCUUUAGAAUUGGCGCCUCAUGUGAAAACAGUUGUGGGUCAUCACUUUAAUGUACAACGUGGUGGACACAUUGGUACCCGUCAAUAUUGUGACCAUUGCAGUGGGUUGCCAACAUUUCAUUGUACAAAUAACUAA